AUGAUGACAUCCAAAGAAGUGGCCAAAUGUGAUGCAGUGGAAACCAGGAGGCGAAGCCCGCUGGACCACUUGCCGCCUCCUGCCAACUCCAACAAGCCGCUGACACCCUUCAGCAUCGAGGACAUUCUCAACAAACCGUCGGUGAAACGAAGUUACACAAUCUGCGGCACCGCUCACCUCAUCUCGUCCUCUGAGAAGCACCGUCCAUCCAGCAUCCCUCUGUCCAGCCGGGCUCUGCUCACCCAGACCUCCCCGCUCUGCGCGCUGGAGGAGCUGGCCAGCAAGACCUUCAAGGGGCUGGAAGUCAGCGUGUUACAAGCUGCAGAAGGCCGGGACGGGAUGACUCUGUUUGGCCAGAGAAGCACCCCGAAGAAGCGCCGGAAGUCUCGAACGGCCUUUACCAAUCACCAAAUCUACGAGCUGGAGAAGCGCUUCUUGUACCAGAAAUACCUGUCACCGGCUGACCGGGACCAGAUAGCGCAGCAGCUCGGCCUGACGAACGCGCAGGUCAUCACGUGGUUUCAGAACCGGAGGGCCAAGCUAAAACGGGACCUGGAGGAAAUGAAGGCCGACGUGGAGUCUGCCAAGGCCGUCGGCCAGGUCCCCUUGGAGAAGCUCGCCAAGCUGGCGGACCUGGAGAAAUGCGCCAACGGCACGCUGGGCCACCCGCGAGGGGAGUCCCCCGCGCGGGGAGGCCAGGAGCACGAGCUCGCUCAGAAACUGCGCUCAUCGCCGCUGUCGCCAUUCUCAGACCACACAACGAGUAAAGAGUGCUCGGAGGACGAGGACGUGGAGAUUGAUGUGGAUGACUGAUUGCGCAGCGUGGGGCAGACACACAAAAAGACGAUUUUAAAAAAUCCUCGCGAGGACUUGUAUCUUAUUGCUUAUAUUGUAUACCAUAUCUGAGAACAUGUACCAAAAUGUAAUGACUUUUAUAUCGGCGCAGAUAGAACUAUUCAUAGUGACGCAUGAACACAGAAGCAGAAAUAUGCAGUGAUAUUUUAUUCAUUAGCAAACUGUCACUUGCAAUCAAAGCAAUAUGGUCUGAUAUGACACGAGUAACUUAUUAUUUUUUUACACUUUAGGCCAACACACACACACACAACAUACAACACACACACAC